AGCAGGCGCGUCGUCGUCGAAGGGUAGUUCUGUUGUGUGGCGAGAAGCGGCAACUCUGCCGGCGAGUGGCUAUCGGUGAUGCCACUUGCUGUAGAUUUAUCACUAGUGUUGUGUCGCUGGUGCUGGAGAGUGGAUGCACGCGCCCUGUCUCUCUCUCUCUCUUGUCUGUCUCUCGCUCGUUGUCGUAUCGCUUGAUUAAUGGUGGUUCCUUUCGUAACGACACUUUCGGGAGUGCUUUUGAUCUGAAGACCCGGAGGAGGUCUAGGGAGCGUUUUAUUAUUUUUUUUUUUAAACGGGGGGCUAAAGGCGUUUAGGCCUGUUUAACGCACUAUGAGGAACUCUAGGAUUUGACACUUGGAAGAAGCUCCUCCCUGGAACUACUUACUGCUACUACUACUACCGCCACUUCUAAUUGGAUUGCGAGUUCUGACUGGAAAAGGGACCCUAUAAGAAAUUCGUACCUUUCGAAGGGAAAAAUAAAAAAAAACCAGAAGUUACUCACUCGGCGAAAACAUUGCUCUUCUCUGCAUUCAAGAUGGUAACCAUUAACCGAUGAAAUGGACUCCGAAGGCCGCACGAAGACGGGGUCGAGUCGCAGCAGUAGCAGGCGAGGCCCGCGCUCUGAUUGGCGGAGCAGCAACCAAUCGGGCGGCACCAAUUCGUCUGCCAAUCAGUACUCGUCGAGCGACGAAGACGCCGAAGUCCGCAAUACCACGCGAGGAUAUAGGCCGUCUCAGAGGACAGGCGACCGAGGGAGCAACCGAUCCCGAGCGACGACGCCCUCAGCCACACCUCCGACCCGGACCAGGGCGACCCCCCCUCGAUCGUAUCCCUCCACGACGCCGCCGCCACCCCCACCCACACGCCACCCACAACCACAACAACCUCUCCCACUACCGAGGCCAAUACUCGACGGGGUCCGGGGACACAGCUGCGGCGGCUGUGAUGAACCAGCUGGGCGGGGGGACCCAUGGCCACUACUACCAGGAGAUCCCCCAGGGGGGGCUCCACUACGCCAACCACCUGGACGAGUACGACUCGCCCGUCCUGAAAGGGGGCCGCAAGUUCCCCCCGUCCUCCUCCGGCAGGCGGAUGCAGACGGGGGGGUCGUCGCUCUCCUCGUCUGAUAACAACUCGGACACGACCUACGCCGAGAGCGACAUCAAUUCCAGCCUCAGAGCCAAGAUGGCCGCCCUCGAUAACGAAGCAGCGGGGACGCCACCCGACCCAGCUCCUCCCGAAGUUCCCAUCCGAGGUCCUUCCCACCACCACCCGCUACUAGCGGCGUCCCGCAGGGCAGGGGGCGCCCCGCCCUCGGCGAACAACACGAGCGUCGGCGCCCCUCCGUCGCCCCACUACCCCGACCACCAUCCUGACGAUACGUACCAGCAGCCAAAUUCCAACGUCUUCCUCUCUCAAGUUUUCAAUACAGAGUACUUGAUGAGUGGCAGUAGCCCGCGCUACGGCACCGGCACGGCGCCUAAAUCUCCCGGGGCGCCAGGAACCGUGCAUUACGGAGGCCCGUCGCCAACCCCUGACUAUCUGCCGGUCAACAAUUCACAGCCAAGGUUACUGGGCACCCUGAGUUCCCAAAAGGGCUCCAUCACGGCGGGACCGGGUAACCUGACGGGUCUGCCCGCCGUGAGGAACGACCUGGCCCUCGGCUCCGGGGGUUCGUUCUCCGGGCGGGGGCUCCACCUGGGGAAGACCUGGAGAGAGAGGUGUUCGUGGAGAUGCGCCGCCAUAGGUCUUAUUCUCCUGUCCUUCACCCUGGCGGCGCUACUCGCUUGCUUUAUCAGGAUAUCUCUCUCUUCCGGCCCUGAAACCUAUUCCAGCCCCCGUCCCUCUGCCCCUCCACCUUCCCCCCUUCCCCCUCCUGCCCCCAUCCCUCCUGCUCCCCCUCCUUCCCCUAUCAAUCCUCCUCCUCCACUUGCGCCACCCUCUCCUCCCCCUCCUCCUCCUCCUCCUCCUCCCCCCGAGCCUUCGAAAGGGCCUGCCAAUCUAGCCAGCUGCUGCUAUGCUCUGCUGCUGCUCUGCUGCUACCUGCUGCUGCUGCUCUGCUCCUCCUCCUCCUCCUCCUCCUCCUCCUCCUCCUCCUCCCACCAGCAUAGCAAGAAUGAAGACGAACCUAAAGAAUAUUCAUGUUCUCAAACUCAACAUUUUGACAUCCUAUUUUUUAUUAUGCUGCAUCGUCCAGGGAGUUCAGAUGAGCGUGACACUAUUUCGACUUAUUCGCCGCCCCUGACCACAUCCCUUGCCAGGGCACCGAAAACGGACGCUGGCACCACCGAACUGACCCGCCUCCGUGACCUCAACAGAAGAUACGUCAACAAAAUCGCGCCCAAGAGUUACUGGAACGCCCAGUUCGAGGUCAAACAGCCCACCUUCAUGAGGUUCAACCUGACGGUGCCUCGAAGUGCCCACCUGGCCAUCUUCGGGAGGAGAAACGUCGCGCCCUCCAUCACCCAAUACGACUUCGUCGAGUUCAUGAAAGGAGGUCGGUUGGGGAGGACGAAAAGGGAAGCGGCCUGGAGUAACGCCUACCACGAGGAGGAAGAUGAGAUAGGCGCUGACGGCGACUACCACGUCUCCAUAUCGGGAACCUCGAAGUCCGCCGAAGUCUAUCCCUUCUUGCACAGUCACCACUUGGACCUCAAACUCGGGGUCAACCACGCCCCCCUCCACGAUGACCUGGACAACUUGCUGGCGAACGAGGUAGAUAUCGAAUGCACCUACGUCUUCACAUAUGAAUCGAGGAGAAGGAUUCUCAAGAUUCAUAACCUGUGCUUACAAAUGACUGAAAACGCUAACCGCUAUUUCAUUGCUGUCCGCCGGUGA